GUUAAAAGGAUGUACUAUUCUUCCAAUUGUUUAAUUUUACUCCAGAUGUUUCUCAAAUAGUGAUGUCCUUUGUACGCUACUGGCCUGAGAGUGAAUUAACUAUUCUUUAAUGUGAUUAUUUACUUAACUAGGCAAGUCAGUUAAGAACAAAUUCUUAUUUACAAUGAUGGCCUACAAAUGUUAAGUAUGUAAGUUGGAUAGAAAAUAGGCAGGAUGGUUUAUUGUAAAAUAGUCAUUCAAUUCUAACCUUUUGGUGUGAUUCCCAAAGUUUUUAGUGGAUAAACUGAGUACAGUGACUCCGGUAGCAUGCAUUGCCAAGUGGUGGUAGUUGUGUGGCCCUCUUGUGACGCGUGCGAUUUUAUUUUACAACCGGAUGAUGUGGUAACUAACCACCUGACACGGUUGCUAGGGGCCAGCAUUGACAACACGGCGGUUUUGUAUCAUGUUAUGACCCUUUACAAGUUGUCAAAAAUAGAACAAAGUAGCAAUUUAUUACUUAUUGUAAAUAAUUAGUUGGCAUAUUGGGCUGGCUUGAUAUUCAGUUCUAAAAACUUGGAAUUUAGUCGUACAGAAAAAAUGUCGAACAUACUUUUAUCCGAGGUAGGCUGGGACGAGGGCUUUGCCAUCCCAGUUGCCAAUGCAGAAAAUAAAGGUUUGGAAGAUGAGCUUCAAAUGAAACAAAAUCAGAAGUUACAACUGGAGAACAAACUUGGUGGAUACAAGGAUAGAAUACAAGCCAUGGCUGAACACCUGACAAAUGUUAGGCAGGAGUUAUCUCAAACUCAGGCUCUGUGCAAAGCCAGGGAGAAAGAGACUGAGUCGGAGAUGCAUUUCAAGGCCCUGGCAGAGAGGGAGGUGGGCCGCCUGCGUCAGGAGAUUGCACAGCUGGACAACGAGCUUGGAGCUCUGAGGGAGAAGAAGAAUGCACAAGAGAACAACAUCUUCAAAGCCACCCAGAAGCUGGAAGAGCUAAAAAGCCAGCUGAAUUGGGACCAGCAGACCCUGGAUGCCUGGCUUGAGGAGUCGGCACACAAGGACGAGGACACCAUGGCCAUCAUCAAGUACGCCCAGCAGGACGAGAGCAGGAUACGGGAGCUCACUUUGUUGAUAGAGAAGAUGACGCUUGAGGCCAACCAAAAGCACAAGGCACUGGACAACGAACUGACUGAGACCAUAUCAGCACAGAUUGGUCUGGAUAAGACAGCAGAAAACUUCCGCCAGGCUCACCUAGAGAGACAGGAGCUGAUCCACCAGUGGGAGAACACCAUCGAGCAGAUGAAGAAAAGAGAUAGCGAGAUGCAGCAGUGUUCAAUGCUCCUCACCCAAGUCAACCAGGACAUCAGAGAGAGGAAUGGAGUGAUCAAGGAGAAGAAGGCCUUCCUGGAGAGCGAGACGGAGAACAACAAGGAGUACGAGAAGAAGAUAGCCAUGGCCGACCGGCAGGCGGCCAAGCUGAGACGGGAGUUCCAGGAGCAGGAGAGUAACCGCACCAGACUACAGGACGAGUUGGAGAGUCUGAAAGGGACAGUGGACAGAGCAGCUACUGAUGUCGAGUCCAUGAGGUCCCAGCUAGCCAACAUGAAAAAGGACAUCCAGGACAAAAACAACAAGGUAAAGGGGGCCAAGCUUCAUAACACAGCCCUGGAGGAGAAGCUGAAGACAGUGACUGAGACGACCCUCAGCGUGGAGGAGAGGGCCGCUCAGAUGGAGCAAGUACUGAAGGAAGAGGAGCAAACUAUCAAAGACAUGGACGCCCAGCUGCACCGCCACCGCGAGGUGCUGUUCCGUGAGAGCCAGGAGGUACAGGCCCUGAGGUUGAAGGAGAAAGACUCCAUGGCCGUGCUCUCUGGGAGCCGGGUGGCUCUCUCCAACCUGGACAGCCGCCUCAGUAAACUGGACCAGAACUCCCUCAAGCAGCAGGAGAUCAUCUACAACCAGGACUUCCAGAUCCAGCUGCUUGAGAGGAAGAUGUUGCGUCUGCGUGGCGAGGUGAACACGGAGGAGAAGCAGGUCCUGGAGAAGAAGGCCCAAAAGCUGGCCCACAGGCUGGAAGAGAAGAAGAGGACGGCCACCAUGCUCACCACCCAACUCAAGAAGCUCCAGGAUGAUAUUCGCUGUGUGAGGAAAGAGGCGGAGAAGACAGGAGCUGAGAAGAGUGACCUAACCACCAAGAUCGAGGAGCUGCACCUGUUCAACCACAUCUCCGACAAGGAACUGAAGAAGCUCCGGCUCAAGAAGCAGGACACCAUGGUGGAGGACAACAUCCUGAAGCUGGAGAUCAAGCGUCUGCGUGACCUGCUGUACAACAAGGCGGACAGCGUGCUCUCGCUGGAGAAGCGGCGGCUGCAGCUGCAGACGGCCAUGAGGGAACGGGAGGAGGAGAUUAAAGCACACCGGGAGAUGCUCAACAAGCAGGUCAAGAUCACUGACCAGGAGCGCCAAGGACUCAGUGCUGAGGUGCAUGAGAGACUGUCCAAGGUCGACAAGAUGAGGAAACGCUAUGAGAUUAUGACUGUCUCAAUGGCUGCUCCCGAGGGAGAAGAGGAAAAAUCACAGGCUUAUUAUGUGAUCAAGGCUGCCCAAGAGAAAGAGGAGCUCCAACGUGAGGGAGACGAUUUGGACGGCAAGAUCCGCAAGAUGGAGAAGGAGAUCCGAGCGCUGGAGAACACUCUCCACGUCGUCAACAGCCGCAACACAACCUAUCGCAAAUCCUUCAACAAAGUGACUGAGUCCAGUGAGGAGUAUCAGGAGAAACUGAAGCUGGAUGAGCAGAAGAGAGCUGCUGAGGAGAAGUACAAGUACAAGAGGAGGCAGAUCCGAGAACUGCAGGAGGACAUUCAGGGCAUGAACAAUACACUCGACAACCUGCUUCAAGAGGAGGCCAUUCAGAAUGUGAGGACUGAAGAGACCCAGUCACAUAUCAUGUCUCUGAACAGAGAACUGGUUUCCCAGCAGGAGAAACUCCACAGGGUCACUAAGCAGUGCUCCAAACUGACCAAAGAGAUCCGGUCGGCCAAGAAGACCAAGGAGGAGACAUUUGAGGAGAGGGACAUUGAGCUGAGGGAGCUGAAGGACUUCAAUAAGAAUAUCAACAAGAUGCUGCUGGUUGCCAUGGAGGAACAACCUGACCUCAGAUCAGCUCUACACAUGUACUUUGUUCAGGCCAACUUGCCCCUGCCGUCUCCUGCCUCCACCCCUGCCAGCCGACAGAGCUCAAAGACUAACUCUGCUCGCAGCUCCGUCUCUCUCAGGUCAGCUGGGUCUUCAGCCAGCAGCAGCCCAAGGGCGGCGUCAGUGCAGUCUCCCCCUGUUAAGACUCUGGAGCUGGGCCUGGGGUUGUCCGUUACGUCCCCUCCUCUCACCUCUCCACGGGACUCCCAUCCACCCAGCUCCACCAGCAGCAGCAGCGGUAGCAAGCACCAGAGCCCAUAGAGAAACCCCACAAUAGGACAGCCUCACUUUCAGCACCAGAAGGCUAAUGUGACUGUAGUGCCAUUAGGAAAGAGAAUGUGUGUCACUGUUCAAUGUGUACUGGUGAGUUGAUUUGAUUUGCAUGUUGUUGUUGAUUUUUUUUUUUUACGAACUGGGACAACUGGCAGUGAUAUGAGAAAUACACUUAAAUAUAAUAUAUGAUUGACCUUUUCUUUGAAAUGCACAUAUUUUCCAUUUGUCAGCUAACCUUUUAUAGAAUUGUAUUGUAAAUGUGCAUAAAAAAUAUGUACUUUUUCUGAAUUAAUUUUUACUCCUGGCAAUGUGUUUCUGGAUAUAUCCCAAUGAAAUAGAUGGUUGCUUGUCAGAAUGAUCAAUUAGUUGACAAUACACUUGUUUUGUUUAAAUGCUCAAUGUAGUCAAAAAUGUUUAUUUUUCUGUGUUUUAUAUAUAUUUCCACACUGAGGUUGGAAUAAUACUGUUAAAAUUAUGAUAAUGCCCUUUUAGAGUAAGAGCUGUUUGACCACCUGAAAUGUAAGGCUAUUUUGGUGGGAUGGUGUUUUGGCCUGCCUGGUGACCAAAUGCUUGCUUGAGAAAUUGCUCUUUGUUAAGGAGCUAUUUUUGUUUCUUUUUUAAAUUUUAAUUGAAAACAAUCACAGUAAGGUACUUAAUUGUUACCCAGAAAUGUAUGUGUAAUUGAGAUUUAAAAAACGGUUUCAUUGGACCUGUAAAAAAUACUGGUUGAGGUUUUGACAUAAAAUCUUGUGAGAUAUAUAUAUAUAUCCAUAUAUAUAUAUGGAACAACUUCCUCAUAGCUUUUAAAAUAGUUCAAGAGGAGGCGGUUUGACCAUUUUCUGAAAUCACUUGUGCCUCAAAUGAAUUUUUGAAAACCUGGGCAUUAUUUAAAAGGCAAAUCCCUCCCACGAUGAAUAGAAGAGUCAACUUCCUCAUGCUGAACAUAGAUUGUCAGACGGACUGGACUCUCUGAACAGAAUCUUCCCACAUCACAGCUCAGUCGGGGCUCUGUCGUCUGAAACAACAUCAUGCUUUUCCUAUUAUUUUGUGUUGGAUGUGUUGCUUUGUCUGCAGGGCAAUCCUUUGCUUCAACAACUACAAUGGGACCAAGGGCUACCACGACACAGGUGACAACACCUCCAACUCUUACUACCCCUUAUGUGGACCCACCUUUUGGUACUAAACCCCUGAAAAGUGGAUUUGCAAUUCUUCAGGUCGCUGUCCAAUCUUAUCAGGAGCUAAAUGAGACCACAGUUGGUUCUUUCUUCAGUCAGAUCUACGACAUCGUUCGGGCGAAGCGACCUGAUCUGAAAUUUCGACUGACCGUGAAAACUGUCCAGAAAGUUUGAUGGAUUAUGAUCCAAGGCAUAGCAGAUUGAAGUUCUAGUGGUACAUCAUGUUCUGCAGAUGUGAACUAUUGUACUGUAUUUUCAAUGAUUUUAUGCUGUUUAAUAUCAGUCAUUAUAUUCAUGUUAAUAAUAUAUUUGAAUGUAUAAUUUCAUUGACUUACUGACUUGAUGCACAUUCCAAUCACCAUCUGGGGGAGGAGCUGUAAUUCAAGAGUUGUGUCACAACUUUUCCCACUUUCAUAGAAUCUUGUCAUCUGCUUCCAGUGUUUUCUGAUGGAUUUGAUGUUGGACUGAAUAGUCCUAAUUACUGUAAUCUUUUCUUUGGCUAUAAACAUGUUACAAAUACUGCAA